GAAACAUCUUCUUAUACAAACACACGAUUUUAGCACACCUCGUCUACUAAAACACAAAAAUCAGAUACUGUUUACACAAAGAAUUAUUACCUAAACUAAAAUUUUAACACGUUCACUAUUCUUCAAAUGUUCGUCCGUCGACGUGUCGAAUAACAAUAUAAAAAAUAAAGCAACAUUUCACAAUUGCAAUGGCCAAUUUCAGAGCACUUCAGAUGGAUAUUAGGCAAAGAGAACGGCUACAUCAGUCUUUGCCGGUACUAGACAUUGAAUAUUUGCCUGAAUUGAGGCAGAAGCCUCAGCCUCGGCAGCAGAAGAAAAGGAGACAAUUGGAAGAUGAGGCAUUAACUUAUAUAAUUUCUGCUUUCUACGCAAAAUUAUUAGUCAUAAUAGGGAUAGCAUUUUCCAUAACACGAUCAAUCACUACUGGAGGAUCUGAACAACAUGAUAUAUAUUUCAUAUAUUUAUACGCUGGCAGUAUAUUAUUUUUUCUUUACAUGUACGCCGUGCAUUUGAGGACUAAAUCAUUAAUUUAUGAAAUAUAUCGAGAUUCUCACGAGCUUAUGGAAAUGUAUAAGAAAAAUUCGUACGCGAGAUAUGGAAGUUUUUAUUUCAGACUGGGAGUUGUAGGAUUUGGAUUAGGUUCAUUUAUUUACGCAACCCUUCAGUUUGGCCAAUAUUUUGAAUUCAACAAUAAUGAAGGUUGUCCUACGUCAAUUAGAGCUAUAAAACCAGCAGCUCGAUCAAGUUUUAUUUUACUACAGAUGCUUUUUAUAUUUUCUUUAAGCAACUAUUUAGACGUUCAAAAAAGCCAAUUGGUCUCGAAAUUUGGACUUAUGCAUUUGGUGGCUACAAAUGUAAGUGACUGGUUUCAUGUGUUAAUAGAAAGUACAAUUAAAGAUCUUUUUUACUCUGUAACUGUAAGACAUAGUCACAAACAUAUACAUAUAUCGAGUUCAAGAAAUAUUACUCUUGCCUUGGAGGAGAACAGGCUUCUUCAAAUAACCAGAAUUCAAUACGAGCAAAAGCAGAAUUGCAUUAAAUCUAAUUUGAUUACCUCUACCCUUGCUAAACUGGAGCCGCAUUUGGCAUCAUGUGCUGUUGAAUAUAAUCUACUAUGUGCCAUGAUUUUGGUACUCAUAUGGAAAAAUAGUACGUCCAAUAAAAAGGAAGAAGCUUCUAGAGACCUUUCAGCUGAAAUAUCAAGACAAAGUGACUCUAACGUAAUUUACGGAAGGAGUCAAAGUCAAUUUUCCGUCGAUUGUGCUCAAACACAACGUGGAUUGUUCGCUGGCAUAUUGUUGCUCGCCGUCACAAUCAUCAGCCUGAUAAUGUUUUUCGAACUCAUACCUGUCGAAGACAAAAUUGAAAUUGCAUUAUUGCAGGUUAAUAUUUGGGAAGGAACGCUUUAUCUAACCGCAACGAUAGCAGUGCUAUUUUCGUUCUUGGCUUUGAGGGAUGUUAAAAUUAAUGUCACUAAUACUGAUUUGAAGCUGGAGCACCUUCUUUUAAUGAUCACCCAGUACGGGGUCUUUUUCUACUUUCUCUUUUUACUUAUAGGCGGUUGCAUGAUGGAGACCGAUUUCGACUUGAACGGUGUCAUGAGAAUACUGACUCCUUUAAUAGCCUUGAUUCAAAGUUCAUCACAAACAGCAUUUAUUCUGGAUGCCUGGCGAAGACGAUGCUCAAAUGCAGAGCACAUUCAUCGUAAACCUGGAAGGCAACUUAUUACUUUUUUAUUGUUAAUAAAUAUUUCAUUAUGGGUUGUUAACCGCGUAAAAAAUAACCGUUCAGCCUUUCAUCCGAAUCAAAUGGAUUUUUACGGAAUACUGGCCUGGAAUAUAAUUACGCACGUGUCGAUGCCACUAGUUGUUUCCUACAGAUUCCAGGCCACCGUUUGUUUUUACGAAAUCUGGAAACACGUGUACAAGCGACCUAUUAAACCAGAUUUAAGAGCACAACAAAGCGAGUCUCUUACAUAAAACGAAUCAUUUGAUGGAACGUUAUACUUAUACCUAGCUGUAUCACCGAUAAAUCAGAAAAUUCGCAGACUUUUUAUAAAUGUUUCGCAAUAAAUUUUUCUUUUAAUUGAA